AUGGCUCCAUCUACUAAAGCUACUGCUGCUAAGAAGGCUGUUGUUAAAGGUACCAACGGUAAGAAGUCCCUAAAGGUUAGAACCUCUUCUACCUUCAGACUACCAAAGACCCUAAAGCUUGCUAGAUCUCCAAAGUACGCUUCCAAGAGUGUUCCACAUUACAACAGACUAGACUCUUACAAGAUCAUUGAACAACCAAUCACCUCUGAAACCGCCAUGAAGAAGGUUGAAGAUGGUAACAUUUUGGUCUUCCAAGUCUCUCUAAAGUCCAACAAGCACCAAAUUAAGCAAGCUGUUAAGGAACUAUACGACGUCGACGUUAUGUCCGUUAACACUUUGGUUAGACCAAACGGUACUAAGAAGGCUUUCAUCAGAUUGACUGCUGAGUACGAUGCUUUGGACAUUGCUAACAGAAUCGGUUACAUCUAA